UGUUUGACUGUACGCCCCAACUAGUCUGGAUGUUGUCACCAUCGCGUAUCAUAGCCAAACAGCAAGUUUGAUCAAAACGUUUUAAACGAACGAACCCAACGCAUCUAUAUCUGGUCCUGCUGCUGGGCAACCUAUUCUUAAGAAAGCCCACGAUAAACCAAAACAAGUUUCCCCAAUUAUGGGUAUCGGUUAUGGAACCUCCGACGAGCAGCUGGAAAAGCAGAUCGGCUGCGUGAAGUACACUCUUUUCUGCUUUAACAUAGUGGCUUGGAUGAUAGCGACGUCGCUGUUUGCUCUAACGGUCUGGCUAAGGGCUGAGCCAGGAUUUAACGACUGGCUGCGCAUAUUGGAAGCACAAUCUUUCUAUAUCGGUGUGUAUGUGCUCAUCGGCAUUAGCAUCGUUAUGAUGGCAGUCAGUUUCCUCGGCUGCCUGAGUGCGCUGAUGGAGAAUACUCUGGCGUUGUUUGUGUUCGUGGGCACACAGGUCUUUGGGUUCAUAACCACUGUGGCCGGGUCGGCGGUACUAAUGCAGUUCAGCACAAUCAACUCGAGCUUGCAGCCGCUUUUAAAUGUAUCGCUGCGCGGCUUUGUUGCCACUUCAGAGUACACAUAUUCAAACUAUGUGCUAACCAUGAUCCAGGAGAACAUUGGCUGCUGUGGGGCCACCGGGCCAUGGGAUUACCUCGAUCUACGUCAGCCUCUGCCCAGCUCUUGCCGCGACACAGUCAGCGGUAAUGCAUUCUUCAACGGCUGCGUGGACGAGCUAACUUGGUUUUUUGAGGGCAAAACCGGUUGGAUUGUGGCUCUGGCUAUGACUCUCGGCCUGCUUAACGUCAUCUGCGCAGUAAUGAGCUUCGUUCUUGUGCAGGCGGUCAAGAAGGAGGAAGAGCAGGCCAGAAACUACCGCCGUUAAAGUACCCUAGUUAAUAGCGACAAGUGACCCUACGAUAGAUUUAAGAAUUCAUACCCAGUUCGAACAAUAAGUACAAUAAAGAUUGCGACCCUA